AUGAACAACCGACGCGAGAACGAAGAAGAAGAACCCCAGGAAACCGUUGUGGCGACCAUGGUGGAGUCCCCCGCUGUCCCUGUUCGCGUCAGCCGAGAAGAACCAGCUCUGGUCAAACUGCUCCAAAAAGAGAAUAGCAUGUUCUCCUUGCUUGACUCUGAUGACAAGGCGUCCUUUUCUUGUGCCAGCUAUCGCAUGAAACGAACCUACGAAGAGUACUGUUCUCCAUUUGUUUCCCAUUCAAGACCUAUUCCGUCACACCAAAAUUGCCAACAACAUUUUCUCCUUCCUUGGCAUGGGCCACUAUCGUUUUGUUGGAGCUGUCAACAAACGGAUGAAUCAGGCAUACAAGAGCUUCUGUGGCAAAGUCAUCAAUCCUCCACAGGUCCAGAAUCCGCCACAGCUCUACAAUUUGUGGCAUGGGCAGCACCCAGCAAUCGAAAGCGAAACUGCAACAUUUUGCCGCGAUUGCCGGAUUGGGUCUGCCCCUACUUGGCCGAACGAGGAAAUGCUCCAAUGCUCCGUUGGGCCAAGCAGAAAUUUGUUCGGACGGAUGAAGCUUGCUACUAUGCGGCCCGUUUUGGUCACUUGGAGUGCCUCCAAGUUGCCAUUCAAUUUGAAGUGCGCGACUGGGAAGCACGUGUAUGUGCCGAAGCUUCGAAACGUGGGCAUCUCCACAUCCUCAAAUGGUGGCACAAUAAUCAUGGUCCCUGGGAUAUGAGUGUUUGCGAUUAUGCUGCUGAGGGAGGGCAGAUGGAAACCCUUGUAUAUGCCCGUACACACGGUUGUCCAUGGGACGCAACCACGUGCCACAUGGCGGCUCUCUUUGGCCAUCUGGCCAUCCUGAAGUAUGCCCAUGAACAUGAUUGUCCAUGGAAUGAAACCACCUGCCACAUGGCUGCCAGGAAUGGGCAUAUGGAUGUCCUGCAAUAUGCCCACAAACGUGGUUGUCCAUGGGAUGCAUCGACGUGUACCGAGGCUGCCGAGAAUGGGCAGGUGGAAGCACUACAAUAUGCCUACGAAAACGGAUGUGACUGCAGUUGGGUUGAGUGCAUGAGAUUGGCUCUCCAUCAUGAAAAAUUGCACAUCCUUCAGUGGCUCUACUCUCAAAAGGAACAAUCCUGGGAUUGGCAGGUCCUUGCCUUUGAUGUUUCUACCCCCCCUCCAAUCAUGCAGUGGGCCUACGAAAAUGGGUGUCCUUCGCAAUUGUUCCCACUUGAGUUCGUGCCACAGCAAGCCCAAGAAGGCAACAACUGA